AUGUUGGGUCGGUUUGAAGGCGAGCGCGGGCGUGGCUGGCGCUGUGACGGCGGCGGAGGCUGCGGGCUGGGGCGCCUGAGGUGAUGCUUUGUCGCGUCCCCUGCAUUCCGUAGCAGGUCUGGGCUUUCCGCGGAGACUGGUGGAAACGUGCGUUUUUUGAACUUCAUUUGGGUCCUUCGUGGCUCUUAAAUUUUGACGUUCCCUUGAGCAUGAUGGAUUUGCUUUAGGAUAUUCGAACUGAAGUGAUUAUGGAGGAAAUGUUGUCUUUAAGGAAAAUGGAUAAAAGUAACCCAUGUUGAGGAAGCCAUGGCAAAAUCAAACACAAAGCACAGAGUUUGUUCUCAGGAAUCUUCAGUCUCUUCCCUUCUGGCAAGCUGCAAUCUGAAUGGUGGUAAUUCUUCCAACUCUAAUGGCCCUUUUCACUAUAAGGAUAAACUGUACAGUUCUGCUUCUCAGGCUCUGCAGGCCUACAUUGAUGAUUUUGAUUUAAGCCAAAUAUACUCUGAUACAAGCACUGGAAAAAUUAGCAGUGAUAAGAGAUCUGCGAAUGUGCCUCAAUUCUCCAAAUAUAUUUAUAAACCAAACAAUGCUUUUGAAAAUCUUGGUCACAAAAAGCACUCAAACUCCUUAUCAUAUAGAAGAGAGAUUGUUAAUGACAUAGAUUCCAUUAGCCUAACAACUGAUGAUCUGUUAAGACUUCCAGCAGAUGGAUUAUUUUCUUUCACUGAUGUUGGACCAGUAAAACUAUGCAAGAAAAACAAGAAAUGCACUGGAAGACUGGGUUCCUCGGCCAUUAAAAAGCAUCUGAAUUUUCAAGAUUCCUGCACUUCCAUGGGCAAGGAUAACUUAGUUACACGUGUUGUAGACACAAAUAUAAAUGGAAAGCAAUGUAGUAAACUAAAAAGCCCAAAACUUAUGAAUAGGACCAAUAAAUGUAUUUUUGAAUCAUCUUUAUCUUUUCCCAAGAAAUCAUCAUUGAAAGAGAGUUCACAACACAGUCUUGAAAAGAAUUAUCCAAGAUGGCUCACUAGCCAGAAAUCUGACCUCAAUGUUUCAGGGAUAAGUAGUUUACCUGAUUUCAAAUACCCAGUCUGGCUCCACAAUCAAGACUUGCUACCUGAUGCAAGUAGUCAAAAGGUUUAUAAAGUAUUUAAAGAAGACCAUUCUUCCUCUAGACAUAGUUAUCAGGCACAAAGAACUUCUCGGCUUACAAAUAAGUUAGAUUGUUGUGAAUAUUCUUUUGAGCCCUCAAAUUUUUCAAAUUACUUGAGUGAUGAUAAAGGAUUAGUUAAUGAAUACAGAUGUGAUUCUGAACAUAGCCAAUGUCAGUAUGAGAAUCCACUUCUCUCAGGACAAUCCAAAAAGCCAUUCAGUGGUGACAAAAUUGAACUGCUUAUCCUGAAGGCCAAGAAAAAUCUGGAUCAGUGUACUGAAGAAUUACCAAAGUCUGUGGAAAAGGAUGACAGUCCUUGUUCAUUAGAUAAACUUGAAGCUGAAAGAUCAUGGGAAAAUAUUCCUGUUACUUUCAAAUCUCCUGUUCCUGUUAAUUCUAAUGAUAGUACUCGACAAACUUCAAGUGAAAAGUAUGCUAAAGAGGUUCUUGAAGACUUUUUAAACAAUGAUAAUCAGAGCUCUACCCUUUCUGGAGGCAAACAUCAUGGUCCUGUUGAAGCUUUGAAACAAAUGUUAUUUAAUCUUCAAGCAGUACAAGAAAGUUUUAAUCAGAAUAGAACUGCAGAUCCAAAAGAAGAGGUAAAAAUUUCAGAGGAUGAUUUCUCUAAAUUACAAUUGAAGGGAAGUAUGAUUCCUAUUACUAGGUCUCUUCAAAAGGCCUUGCACCACUUAUCUCGCCUGAGAGACCUGGUUGAUGAUACCAGUGGGAAACAGUCACCGAAAAUGUGAAGAAGAAAAUAAAAUUGUCACCAAAAUAAAUAGUCACCACAGAACAAAUAUGUAUUUUUUUUCCUAUUACUUAAGCUGACAAAGUAAAUACAAGCCAUGCACUAUUCUGUCAUUGAUUCAAGUAUAUUUCUUGAAGGCUGACCUUGAAAAUGUUCAUAAAUUUGUGACCUAUCUUCAUUUUGUGCCUAAAUAGUAGAAUGUGAACUGAAGGACCCACAAUUUAUGUUAAAGUGUUACUUGGUCUUUAGACCAGGAAAUGUGUAAUAUUUAAACAUGGAUGAUUUUAAUUCUUGAUGUUUUUAUCUAUGCUUAACCUUCUUUAGUAUUCCCUUUUUUUAAAAAAAAAAUAAAUAAAAAUAUAGCAUUCACUUUUAAGCAGCUUAAAGGAAUACCAAAAUUGUUAUAGUUUAUUUGGAAGUCUGUUACUUUUAAAAUUUCAGAAAUCAAAUAUCUCUAAGAUAUGUUGUACUUUUUUAUGGUAUCAGUUUAACAGUGGGUUAUAUAGAGCUAAAAGGAAUUUUUUAUUGUGACAUCUAACAACUCAUUCAACUAAUGCUUUGAUUCUAUGUGAGAUAAUCUUUAUAAUACUUGACAGUUUACAAAUCACUUUGCUGGAGACAUAUGAACUUUAUUAGAUUAUUUUCCAGAUUUUAGUCUUAAGGUUAGGUAUUAAAAACUGGACUUAGAUUCCAGUUGCUUUAUGAAAUUUGAAACUAAACUUUAAAAGUGUGGAAAUCAACUUGUGUAUUUUAAAGAUAUUUUUUAAGAGUUGGGUUUUCUUUAAAGCCUCUAUAGUCUUCAGAGUUUGACUCUAGCUAGAACUGAACAUAGCUCUUUGAUUUUUGUAAUUUCUUCCAAGCAGGUGUUAUAACUAUUUAUAAUAAACAGGAAGCAUUUUUAUGAACAAUUAAAAAUUGUCAUAAAGCAUGACUAAUAUAACAUAUUGAACAGCCUAAUGAAAUUAAAGAAUAUCUGAAUAUAUUUUCAAGUACUACAUACUAACACUUUACCCAAUGGCAGCAUUUUUGCUAAGUAGAUUUACUGUCAGGUAUUUCUAAGCACAUAGUAUCAAAGAAUUUUUUCCCCAAAAUAUUGUUUGUAUUUAGUACCUUUGUUACAGAACUGAAGUGUCAAACACUAAAGACUAAAUCCUGUGGGUUACCUUCAGCCCGGGAGGUUUUUUUGUUUCGUUUUGUUUUGUUACUGGGGAUUGAAACAGUUACCGAAAAAUGUGAAGAGGAAAAUAAAAUUGUCACCACAAUAAAUAGUCACCACAGGACAAAUAUGUAUUUUUUUCCUAUUGCUUAAGCUUUCAGAGUUAAUACAAGCCAUGUACUAUUGUAUUUUUGAUUCAAGUAUAUUUUUUAAAAAACUAACCUUGAAAAUGUUCAUAAUUUUGAGGGGCACUCAACCACUGAGUUACAUCCCCAGCCAUUUUUUUUUUUUUUGUAUUUUAUUUAGAGACAGGGUCUCACUGAGUUGCUUACCACUUUGCUAAGCUGCUGAGGUUGGCUUUGAACUCACAAUCUUCCUGCCUCAGCCUCCAGAUCUGCUGGGAUUACAGGCGUGUGCCCCUGUGCUCAGCUAUUUUUUUUUUUUUUUAACUUUACUGCUUUGACUGGUUCAAGAGGCACUUACCAAUAAAGUUAUUUUGUUUACUUUGUGGAGAUGUUUUUACCACUGACAUUCUAUUUUAUGAUUAUGGUCCGUUGUGCAGCAAAGAGUUUGCAUAACCAAAUAGGGAAUUACUUUGAAGAUUAUAUUUGGCUAAUUUUUUUUUAAGAGAGAGAGAGAGAGAGAGAGAGAGAGAGAGAAUUUUUUAAUAUUUCUUUUUAGUUUUUGGCGGACACUACAUCUUUGUAUGUGGUACUGAGGAUCGAACCUGGGCCGCACGCAUGCCUGGCAAGCGCACUACCACUUGAGCCACAUCCCCAGCCCUAUAUUUGGCUAUUAAAAACACAGAUUUUCAGUGGGUAAACUUCAGGUGGAUCUGGGUGGAUCAAGUUCCAGGCCUUGUGAUACCCUCCAUUAGACAAAUUCUAAAGAAGGCAGAGAUAAUAAAGACAUCAGGCAAUGAUUUCCAAUUGCAUGUUAGCUGUAUGUAGACCAACAUAAUAUAUACCAUAGCCAUAAUCUCUUUGGAGAUUGUGCUAUAAUGACUUUGAAUAGUGCCAGUUUGGAUUGUGCUCCUAUUUGCAAGAAUGUAGUUCCAAUAAUGAACAAGAUAAUCCUAUUCUAAAAUUGUAUGUUAUAACUAAUAUUUUAAGAAACUUUAUAAUACCAGUGGAGAGCAGUAUUUUCACUUUUGUGUUAAAUAUGGAAAAGUUUUAUUCUUUUACCUACAAAAAGGAAUUUAUAGGCUAGGCAUGGUGCCACAUGUCUAUAAUCCCAGUGGCUUUGGGAGGCUGAAGCAAGAGGAUUGCAAGUUCAAAGCCAGCCUCAGCAAUUUAGCGAGGCCCUGAGCAACUUAGUGCUAUCCUGUCUCAAAACAAAAAAUUAAAUAGGCUGCGGAAGUGGCUCAGUGUUAAAAGAACCCCUGGGUUCAAUCCCUGGUACCCCCCCCCCCCCCCCCAAAAAAAAUGAAUUUAUCAAAAUCCAUUCUUCUCAAAAGAAACAUGUGACUCAACUAAAAAAAAUCUAAAUAAUAAAUGUUCAGGAAAUUCUGUACAGAAAUGAUUUAGUUACAUGCUUAGUUAAUAUUUCAAGGUUUUUUGUUUGUUUUUGAAAUUUUGGGAGGAAAGAGGGACCAGCAGUAUGGAGACUGCUAAGUAGAGAAUUAAUUAAGACAGAUAAUGAGAACAAUUAUAUUUAAAAAAUUAUAUUGUGAAUACAAAAUUUUAUCAAUUCUUUCACUGUUUUAGGUAUAUUGAGAAAUUGUUAAAUAGAAAAAAAUUAACAAAUUUAGUAAGAUAUUUCAAAAAUUUUAAUUGAAUAUGAAAAAUGUAUUUUACAAAAGCCUAAUCCCCCAAAUUUUUUGAGAUCAAGGAAUAAAGAUAUAAUCAAUAUAGGAAGAGUUUAAGACUGAAACAUGUUGUCGUCAUUAUCAGCGUGAAUUCUACUUUCAGUCUUUUCUGUGACAAUUCUUUUCUCCUUCCUAGAGAUUUCUGACAAAAAUGAGGUUUAUUUUUUGGACAUGUAUCACUAUAAUUAUGUUCUUUUUGAAAUUUAUAAAUGUGCAAUGUUUUGGAAUUUUGUAUUUAAUGGUUUAUAAUGCCUUGUUAAAUUAUAUGUAGUUACAAAACAAUGUCACCCAAAGAUAAAUCAUGACAAGAUUCCUUGUUUUUUCCUGUGGUUUGAAUACACGGGAUUGCUCUUACAGAUGUGAAUUUUUAUUUGUUUUGUUUUGUUUCUGUUUCACCCUUUACUCCUGUAUUUGAAAAUCUAUUUAGUUGAAGUACUGUCAGGAAAUGAACUUGUCAAAAGGAAAGUAGCAUGAAAAGAGAAAAAAGAAGCAAAGGCCAAUAAAGUUGAUAGUUUUUGAGCAA